CUUUAAAGCCUUUCAACUCCAUGCCCUGCAUCACCUCUGCUUUGGGGACUACUCUUUCUCUCUUAGACAUAUCACAAACACUUUUUAUCAAACAUUUGUAGCUGCCAAAUUCUCCAUGGCUAGACCACAACAACGAUAUCGAGGUGUCCGUCAACGACAUUGGGGUUCUUGGGUUUCUGAAAUUCGACAUCCUUUACUGAAGACGAGAAUUUGGUUAGGCACAUUUGAGACAGCGGAGGAUGCUGCACGAGCAUACGAUGAAGCUGCAAGGCUCAUGUGUGGACCAAGAGCGCGCACAAAUUUUGCUUUUAAUGAUAGUGAUUCUCAAUCAUCAUCAACGAAGUAUUUAUCUUCAGCUUUAAUAGCUAAACUACAAAGAUGCGAAAUGAAGUCCGUUAGCAGGGCAAAUAAUAGACCUGGAACGACAAAAUUAGAAGUUCAAGACGACAAUCAGUUAUAUGCGCCUUCCAACAGGGGAGAUCAUGGCCAUAUUGGUAGAAAAAAUGGGCAAAUUGGUGUUGAAAUGCCGGUGAAUCGGGUAAGUUAUAAUGAAGGCCAAGCUGAGAGUACACAACAAUUCAAGUCACUGGAAGAUCACCAUAUUGAACAGAUGAUUGAGGAGUUGUUAGAUUAUGGAUCAAUUGAGUUAUGUUCUGUUCUUCAAGAAUAGGCCAUGAAUGCGAAUGUAACACUGUUACCUUGUAAUGAAAUCCUUCCCUACUUCUUCCCUCUAAUUUUUCAUUCUGUACCAAGUUAUUAAUGUAUAGUUAGUACUUAGUAGCUUGCAUAAGAUGGAA